CCAUCAAUCGGAGCAGAUCGAUUGGUUAAUUGAAUUUGAAUCGAAUUGUUGUGCAGUCGCAUCCGACGUGUACGACCAGCGAUCUCUCAAAAGCAAUUAAGGAAUUGUUUUGCAGAUCCUUCCGAAAAGCGGCGAGAGCUAUCAAUUUUGAAAGGAGGCUCCAUUGGUACUUUGUCAUUAGUGUCUUAAUAUCCAUAUAAUUUUUGGAAUUGUGUUUUGUGGAUUUUAUUAAAACAGAAUGAAAGAUCCCAGGAGCAGGCUUCCCAAGUAUACGUCAGAUGCUUUUGAUAAUGUGGAGUAUCAAAUGCUUAUCACGUAUACGGUGGAGACAGAUCGUCGCAUCAUGAGUUUUGUGGACAAGGUUUGGGGCAUUGAGGUAACCGGUGGCAUAGAUCAGUUCGAACCACUGACCAUUACAAAUGUGACGCCAACGGGAUUGGCACGCAGAGCUGGCAUGCGUAUUGGUGACGAGAUAACUCAAAUCAAUGACACACCUGCCUUGGAGUUGACUUUCAAUGAGGCUCUACAGUUGUUCCGCAGUUCCAACAGAUUCGUCAGAGUCUAUGUUCGAGGUGAUGCUGACGAUGAUGGUUUGGACGAUUGGACUGUCGAUUUCUGGUUUACACCUCGUCGUCCAUGGCGCCGUGAUUUCAAACCCAUUCAAUGGGAAUUCCCCUGGAACGAUCGUCGCAAACCCAUUUACCGUGAGUCAAAUUGUUUCAUGGUGCCAUCUCGUAUGGAAGAAAAGAUACGUCAACGUCGUGCUGCCACCUCCGUCAUGAAAAAGAAGAAGGAAGGCACUCCCCAUACCAGAUCGUUGACACCAGCUCCCCGUCCCAAAAAUCAACCAGGUCCCAAUCUUCUAGAGGGCGUUCUUGGCCCCCGUGGUGCUCCACCCCGCGGUAUGCCACCCCGCAAGUGAGUUCACAGAAUAGCUCAUAUGAAUUCGACACAGAUUUCUCUUCAGACCUUUACUGGCAUGUGGAAGAGCUAAAUGGUGUAGAAUUUGUGGAUUGUUCCUUUAACAAGUUAGACAAAUGCAAAUGAAAACUUCACUAGUUUUUUUGUGAAAGAAAGAAA